AUGACGGUUAAGGCGCGGCGCGUGGCUGUUAUCGGGGCCGGUCCCUCCGGUGCAAUAGCCACGGAUGCGCUGGUAAAGGAGCAGGCGUUUGACACAAUCCGGGUAUUCGACCGGCGAGCCGGGAUCGGUGGCACUUGGGUUUACACGCCUCAGCUUCCAACGGGAUUUCCAUCUCUUAGUGACUUAGUAUCGGGCAAGGCGGACGUUGCUGUUCCCCUGCCAAAACAGUUACCGGCUGUUACACUACCGUCCGAUGAGAUCAACGGACACCAGCAGCGCUUCUCGGAUACAGCGCUCCAUGAGAAUCUACAUAGCAAUAUUACGCCGGCUAUUAUGAGUUACACUCAAGAGCCCUUCCCGAACAAGCUAUCACCUCGAACAUUAGCUGAGUACGGCCCUGGUGCUCCUUUUCGGCACCACACGGUAAUCCGCGAGUGGAUUGAGGGCAUAUUCUCCCGUGGUGGCCACGAGAAGCUUCUCGAGUUAAAUACGACUGUGGAGAGAGCCGAGAAGGUCGGAAAUGAGUGGGUGCUAACGCUAAGGAAAGAAUCCUCAGGGAGGAAUUAUUGGUGGAGGGAGACGUUCGACGCCCUUGUUGUUGCGACGGGGCAUUACAACGUCCCUUGGUUCCCAAACAUUCCGGGGCUCGUAGAGUACGAUCAGAAAUUCCCCGGAAGGAUACAGCACAGCAAGCACUUCCGCAACGGAUCAAAAUUCAAGGGAAAGCGAGUGGUGGUAGUAGGCGGCUCUAUAUCAGCACACGAGGUUGUCCAUGAAGUCCUCGAGGCAGCUCAGAGCCCCGUAUACGCAGCUUUAAGAGGGGAACCUAUCCCAGCCUUCGGGUGGGAGCCGUUCUUACAUCCUGACAUUGCAAUUAAGAAAGAGAUCACACGCCUGGAUCCUGAGACUGGGCGUGUCUUCUUUGCUGAUGGUUCGACCCUCGAUGAUGUAGAUUAUAUCAUUUUUGGAACUGGAUAUACAUUCAGUGUGCCGUACCUAGAACACGUGCAGGAACGUAUAAGGAAUGCCUAUCGUCGCCUUCCCGGGGUUUACCAGCAUACGUGGGAUAUUGAGGACCCGACUUUGACGUUUGUCGGAAUGCUCGGAGGUGGCUUCACGUUCCGAGUGUACGAAUGGCAAGCCGUCACUGUUGCACGGCAUCUCGCGGGUCGAGCCAAGCCGCUCCCUCCAAUUCCGGAGCAAUUAGAAUGGGAGCGCAAACGCGUCGCCGAAAAAGGCGGUGGUAAGGAUUACUACUCGAUUGCGCCUGACUACGGUGCUUUCUUCGAGUUCCUGCGUGGCAUCGCCGGAGAGCCGGCCCCGGGGACCACCGGCCGCGUGCUCCCCCCGUUCGACGAGAAAUGGCUUGAACUAUGGACGGGCAUGAUCACUCAUAAGAUCGAAGGCUUCCAACGCAAGAGGAAGAGGGCAGAGGAGGCCAGGGGAGCUGUGAAGGCGAAGCUGUAG